UGGGCAUUUGCAUUAUCGAUAUUUCUUUCUGUCAUCCAAUUUCCAUAAAAAUUGAUGAAAAUGUGGAUUUCUCGUUGCCCCCCAUCCCGGUGUUAAUUUAUAAAGUGAAUAAGUAUUUUGUGGAACUCGCAAGAAGCCACCAGCGGAACUCUCAGGCGCCCUUGAUAUCUGCUAUAACUUUCAUUAAGGAUUUUUGAUAAUGGGUAACGUACAGGCGUAUUCUACACCUCCACCGCCGCCCCCUCCAGCCGGAGUGAAUUUUGCGAAACCUAAAGAUUGCGAACCUACACCUGUCGGCCCCGAAACCAUGGAAAAUCCAGGACCGCUUGAAGAAAUACAUACCAAGUGCAAAAAUGUUUUCCCAACUUGUUUUGAGGGGGCGAGGGUCUUGCUUACGAGAGGUUUGAGUAACCACUUUCAAAUCUCUCAUACCAUAAACAUGAGUUCUGUGACUCCAAGUGGCUAUAGAUUUGGUGCCACUUAUGUGGGAACCAAACAGAUAUCACCCACAGAAGCGUAUCCUAUUUUGUUAGGUGACAUUGAUCCUACUGGAAAUUUAAACGCAACAAUGAUCCAUCAAAUUCAGCCGAGGCUUCAGGCAAAAUUUGGAGCUCAAGUACAAAAUUCUAAGUUUCAAGUGGGACAGUUAACUUUAAACUAUAGAGGCGCCGAUUACACUGCCAGUAUGACUGUGGCAAAUCCGGAUAUUAUAAACGGUUCUGGUGUAGUUGUACUGCAUUAUUUGCAAGCCGUUACUCCCCGAUUAGCUUUAGGAUCGGAACUUGCGUAUCAGAAGGGACCGGCAGUUCCGGGGGGAGAAAUAGCACUUCUUAGUGCCGCUGCCAGAUAUACCACUGAAAGUGUACAAGUAUCAGGAACGUUGGGAGUUUCUGGAAUACAUCUGUGUUAUUAUCAAAAGGCAAGCAAGCAGUUACAAAUCGGCGUGGAAUUGGAAGCUAACAAUAGGAUGCAAGAGGCUGUUGCAUCAAUCGGAUACCAAGUGGAUCUGCCUAAAAGUGAAGUUGUGUUCAAAGGACAUAUUGACUCGAAUUGGUCGGUGGGGGCAGUGUUAGAAAAAAAGUUAAGCCCUUUGCCAUUUACGUUAGCAUUUAGCGGACUUAUGAAUCACAACAAGAAUCACUUUAGGUUAGGAGUGGGUGUACUGAUAGGUUAGA